AUGGAAGUUUCGCCUGAAGCCGGUAGCUACGACGAGAUUUUCUCAGCAGAAGACGAAGACCAGUGCCGGAUUUGCCGAUCGCCGGAGGAACCAGAAAACCCCUUAAGGUACCCGUGCCUGUGCCGAGGUUCGAUCAAGUACGUCCACCAGGAUUGCCUUCGUACCUGGCUCAGCCGCCGCGGAAACAACAAAUGCGAGGUGUGUGGGCGUAGCUACUCGUUUGUUCCGAUUUACUCCGAGAACGCUCCGGAGAGGCUUUCUUGCGACGAGUUUCUUCUCGGAGUCUUAUCAAGACUAGGACGUUACUUGAACUUGAUUGUUCCUUGGAUUGCGUUGAUUCUCUUGAACAGCUACUUCGUUUCUCUACACCCUUGGGGCCAAGUAGUUGCUGCUGAGUUCCAGAGUGAAUUUGGGAUGUCUCGGAAGCUCGCGUAUUUCUCCGUUGGCCUGUUAUACAUCGCUUUUAGCGUGUGUUGCAUGACGGUUAUAGCUCUUGUAAAGUUGGAGGUGGGAGAUGUCAAUGUCAGGAGGUUUAUUGGGAAUGGCGGAGGUUUGCAGUUCUUGUCGAAGUAUAUGAAGAUCCUUUUUGAUUGUUAUUGUCAUAAACUCAUACGUUUCUUGGGGCGACCUCCUCGGCUAAUGGUUCUUCCUCCAGAGGCGCCGCUUCAUGAGUUUGGAGUUAUCAGACGGGUGCUUUUCUUUCUGGAUGAUGAUGCCUUUGCUAUUCUUGCCAUCAGCGUAUAUGUGGCUAUCCUCGUUGUUCUACUGCCAGUUUGGAUUGGAAGGAUUGGAGGCAGCUAUUUGUCUGGAAACUCGACUGUUGUUCUUGGAUACAUGAUAAUGCUGUCGGUUUGGUUUGCUUACGUUGGAUUCCUCUUCGCUCUCCAUCAAAACUUGUUUCCAGUCAUAGUUCGGUGGCUUUUACUGGGGGUUCACUUCGUAGCAGUGAAGUUGCCAUGUCUCUUGUGGGUUUUCUCAGUAAAAUCCUGCAAACGCCUGCAAAGUCUUGUAGGCUUUGGAAUCCGUCAGGCCUCACUUCCAGCCAUAUUCCACUGGCUUUCUCUAGGAUUUCACUUCAUAACAGUGAGAUUGCCAAGUUUUUUGUGGGUUUCCUCAGAAAUGGUCUGCAAAAGCUUUCAAAGUCUUGUGCGCUUAAGAAUCAUCUCCAUUCACCGUCAAGCCACACUUCCAGCCAUAUUCCAGUGGUUUUCUAUAGGAUUUCACUUCAUAACAGUGACAUUGCCACGUUUCUUGUGGGUUUCCUUAGCAGUGGCCUGCGUAAUCCUAUCUGUCCUUAAGGAAGCUUUUGUCUUGUGCUUCAAAAUUGGUGUCCUGCCUUGGAUAAUUGGCUGUUGGCUCGGAAUCUGCACCUCACCUUUGUUUGGAACCUUAUUUUCCCAGAGCUCUGAGACUGUUUCACACUUCCCAUGUAUGAUGAUCCUACGUUGGUCUUCUGGAAUCGUUUGCUUGUUGGUUGCUGAGUCUUGCAUGAACCGUAUCCAAAAGAUUGUUCAUAAAAGAGCCAUUUGGUAUCUCUUAGAUGUUACAGAUCCAGACUACAAGAUCACCAAAAUGAAUUUUGGUCACACUUUCUUUGCGGUUGCUUGUCAUGGACUGUUGUUGGUGAUUCUGUUCCACUUACCUAUUAGAGCAAUUACAUUUAUCAGCCCAUCAUUUUUCCCUCUUGAGUUAUGGGUCAGCGACGAAAACGUUUCUGCUGCUGCACACUCGUUCUAUUUCCACUUACUGUCGUCCUCCCCAAAAUGGCUAAUCGGACUCGUCAAACCAGCUAUGGAACUCAUGGUUCAGAACUGGAUCAUCACUGUUAGCUCUUGCCUUGAUCUGAGUGAUUACUUGCUGGUUGUUCCCCGACGAGAGGAGUUUCACCGUGCUGGUCAAAAUGUGAGACCAAUGAUGCAACCAAGAAGACGGUUGCUUCUAUUCUAUUCCAUAGCUGAAGGCUCUUUGGUCACUUUGCAUGGAUCUCAGAAUGCUGAAGACGAUACUAAUGACCAAAGAGAUAACAGGUUUCGGCUGAGGAUUGCAUUGAUGAUGAUGCUAGCGGCUUUGAGUAUGUUCGUUGUUAGUACAGCCUUCAUGGCUUUACCUAUUUUGGUGGGGAGAGGAUUCCUUGAGUCUGUCUCUUUCAUCAUGCUAAGAAUUGGACUCAAACGUGACGAUCUUCUUGCUUUCUGGAUUGGAUAUAGUAUCAUUGGACAAACCUACAACAUCACUUGCUUUGUAUAUGAUGAAAUUCAGAAGGGAAGAUUCGAUUUGCUUCUCAAAGAUGUUUUCAUGUGGAUACGAAAUGGGUUGCUUUUCUCCAUCUGGAUCUCUGUCCUACCAGGGUUGCUCGGUCUACUUAUCGAACUUAUGAUCUUCAUCCCAUUAAGAGUGCCACUAGACGAAUCACCAGUCCAUUUCUUGAUCCAAGAUUGGCUGAUAGGAGUAUUUGUGCUUCACACAUGGGUCUUUCUGACAAUGCUCACGCCAAUCAACUGGUUCGCAACUGAAGCAUGGCUAAGAAAGCUGGAAAGAAUCAGAAAUGUGGGACUUAAUAGACUUCCUCCAACGUGGCUGCUUCGAGACGUGAUCGGUUCCAUUAUAAACACACUUCUAACCACACUCUCCAUCCCUUACCUGCUCGUGAAGUUUCUGUUCCCACUGCUUGGCGUUUCAGAAAGCGUCACUUCAGCAACUGAACGGCUUAUAUGGCCGGCGUUAUUAGCCUUGCUAGCGGUUUGGAUCAUUGCCAGGAUAACACGUGACUUCAUUAUCUACGUUCACCAGCUGGUCUUCAAUGAACGGUAUCUGGUGGGUGAAAUACUGAACAAUGUGACUGAAGAAGAGCGGACAUAAUCCAUGGGAGUAUAUGACAAACAAAGAGACUCUUUUGUUGAUAGAACCAAUCAAAAUAUGCUGUUGUAUUUACUCUUACAGUAACUAGAAGAAGCCAAUUUUAGGUUCUUACUUUGGAUGAAACAAAAUAUUAUCUUGAUAUAAUCUGAACC